AUGGCUUUGUUUACAGACCACCCGUUCAGGCAUGUUCUCAAAGGAAUUUUUGCUCUGGCGAUGGGCCAUAUGAUCAUGAAAUUUAUGCCCCACUCGAUUCGCAAGUAUCAGGUUAUUCACCUGACUCAAACAUCAGUAGCAAUGUUGGCGAUCGGAGCACUUAUCAUAUUGGUAGUGAAAAACCACCGAACCGGAGGGGAAAACAGGGCCUUUUCGCAAGGACAGGAGGAGUUAAUCGUGAUUGCGGCGUUUGGGGCAUUCUGGCUCGCCUUCCUCUUGGCUAUGCGCGCGUGGAACCAGGGUAGUGUCAACAUCGACCUGGCACACCCAAGUCACAUGUUCCAGCCGAGCACCGGUGCUGCCCAAAGCAAUGUUGUCGGUGCUGGCAGCAGAGGUGUUGAUGCUAGGCCGCCUGCAGUGGCGUCUGAACGGAUUCAAGGCGCAGCAAGCUAUAUGCGACAACAAUACAAACCCCAAGCCGGAUUCCGUAAACCAUACCCAUGCGACCCGAAUGAUGCUUAUUGUGUUGUCGAGGAGUGGACCUUUUACUAA